AGAAUGCAGCGCCCUAGAAACCGUUCGACCACACUACGUGAGCGCGUAGCUCAAGCUUACCAUGACUAUGGAAGACUAUGCUCGGCACAUCCUUUUGCUUGUUUAUCGAUGUCGCUUAUUACAAUGGUGAUGCUAUCCUACCCAACUUUUACAAAAUUUCGUCUAGCAGCUAGCAGUCCUAUUGACGUUCAUUGGGAUGACAAACUUCUCGUUAUAGGGGAACGGUCUCCUGAAUGGUUACGCGGAGCACCAGCUGCUUUCUUACAACAAAUUAUUAUUCGCGGGAAUGUGGACCCGUGGGUUUCCCAUAAUAUGACUCCUGAACAGGCUGUUCGGGGACCACUUUCUCGAGCGUUCCUUGCGAGAAACAUUAUUCUUAACCAUGGAACUGUUGAUGCAACGUGCCUCCAAGUGAGUCAUGAAGACACACUGUCAGGCUCUCCAUUUCAUCGCGGCUGUUUGAUACUGGAUCCGACAGCAUUCUGGCAGAAUUCCUUGGAGAAGUUUCAGGAGGACUCUGACGUCUUAAUGACUAUUUUCUCACGGGAAUGCUCAUCUGUAAUGUGUCUGCGAGACGUUUUUCUAGGAAUGCCCACUGUAUUCACCGGCAUUAAACCGGCCUACAGAAGCAAUAGGAAGCGUGAUAUCGAUUUCUCACUCACUUUGUUUUUUGCUCAAUACGAUUCUGGCAUGAGGAAAUCACUGCUCAAUAGUCUUUCUUCACGAGACGAAUUUGAUUCAUUGCCGUUGUCGGCGGAAACAGAAAGCCAAUUCGUUCACGUUUUCUAUCGGAAUCGCAAGGCUUUCGCCGGCUAUCUUCCUCUGCUUACUUCCUAUGCAGUUUUUACGUUCUAUUUGUACUAUUCUGCAAGAAAAUUUGAAAUGGUAUCGUCUCGUUGGAGUCUAGCAUUUGCUGCUGCUUUUGCUGUCGGAGCGACUCUUCUUAUGACUACCGGAGUAUGUGCUCACUUGGAGUUAAGUCCAACUCUUUGGGGUGCUGAAAUAUUUCCGUAUAUAGCUCUAAUAUUAGGGCUUGAAAAUACACUUUGCAUAACACGGGCUGUUGUGUAUACGCCACCAACGUUGGAUGUGUCUUCGCGUAUUGCCCAUGGUCUGGCGCAAGAAGGGUACUCAUUAUGCAAGUACUUUGUCAUGGAAAUUUCCUUUCUCGCCAUUGGCUAUGCAACCCGAAUUGCAGAGAUUCAGGAAUUUUGUAUGUUUGCAUCCAUUGGCCUCGUGAUCGAUUUCUAUAUGCAGGUACAUGUUCUUCUACGCUCCUUGCCUUACCUUAGAAGAGAAGAGGAAGUUUGCUUUGCAGUAGCACAACUAGUUUUUUUGUGCCCUAUGCGUAAAUUAUGGCCAUCAUUCUUCGAGUUGAAGCGAAGGAAAAAGAGGACCCUUUCCGAGUCCCAGCUCGAUGAAAGGGACAUUCAGGAGGACAUGGAUAGGAAAGGUAUCCCCAAAAUGGACAAAUACCUUUCGUUGAUUCUCAAUCACCACUCGAUGCAGCUCCUUCCCAAUGGCAGUUGUGGAGCGAACGUACCUUCAAAUGGUAUGUGGCCAGCGUUGUUUUCCGAGUUCAAUAUGAGUUUGUCUGGUAGUUACAUCACUUUCUUGCCCCCAAUUGUUUUGAAGACAACGUCACAUAUCUUUGUCAGGAAUAUCACUUAUAGAUCGACCCCUCUCUUCAGAUCCCGCAUUUCGUGGUUGGAGUCGCAAUUACGCUUUUAUCUGGCAGUAGUUUGGUUAAUGUUGUUGAUGUGCGUGGUCGGCUUCAUUUUAUAUGUAUGUUUUUGGGGACGAUGGCGGACCGAUCAAAUUUUUGAAUCCAGAAUUUCCAAUCUUACAAAAAAGCUGCCGAUUGUGUUCUCUGGGCAUCGCUUCCCAAUUGAGAGCAGCGCAUUGUGUAACCAGUCACGGCUGAUCACCUGUUGCCAAGAAGGAAAAGUCUGUCUAUGGAAUAUCGAGUCAGGUAAGAUUACUUGUAGCUCUGAUUCGAUAAGACUGAUUUUUGAGACUGGUGGAGAGUCGAAAACAUGUUCAUUCCCAGUAAUUUGGUGCAUCGCAGCAAAACAGUACAUCGCUCUAUGUGGCUGCGCGGAUGGCUCAUUGGAAGUUGCUUGUCUUGAAAGAAACAAACUUAUCGGUGUCUAUCGCCAGUUUCAAAUUGGUAUUGUCCAUGUGCUUUAUGUUGGCUCACGUGUGGUGUUGGCCCGAUUGGACGGUACUGUGGAGUUCCUAGAACUGACAUUAACUACGGAAAGGCCGACUCGUGUAACGUCCAUUGUGCUUCUCAACAUCAUUCGUGCUCAUCAAAAACCGAUUUCUUACUUGGGAGCUUCAUCGUUGGUGGCAGUUUCGGCCAGUUAUGACCACACCCUCAAAGUGUUUGACCUUCGUACCUGUCAAUUGCAGUCGAUGUUGCAUGCUCACAGUGGACCGGUGACAGCUGUAUGCAUCGAUCAUUCCACUAGCAUGUUAUUUUCUGGUUGUGAGCAAGGCAUAAUUUGCUGGUGGAAUCUGACAUCUGGAGAGCUUCUUCGUUCGCUGGAUGUUAAGUGCUCAGGUAAGAUACAACUUGCAUGUACGGCAGAAUACCUGUUGGGCUAUUCAUCGGAAGGUGAUUUUAUCUUAUGGAGCAAAGCCGACGGAAGUCUUGUUAGCCGAAUCGCUCAGCACCACGCUAGGGUAUGUUUUUAUUCCAUGCGACCGAAAAAACUCUGA